AUGGCCCCAGCUGCAGCGGUCUCCUUCUACACGGCUUGCUCGUCAAUGCGGCGGAGCUCAGAAAUUUCCCCCUUCUUCGACGCGGUUGCACAGAGUGAAACUCCCGAGGCCGACCAUUGGUCCGAGGAAGCAGAUGCGCCAUGUUGGCCGCAGGCAGGGCUGCGCGUCUAUGCAAUCGACUUUCUUGGCAGUGGCUACACUGACCGACUGGAAGCUGCGCUCAUCAGUGGGGAACGUGGAAGGAACCUAAGCAGCGUACAAGCUGAGCUUCUCCGGGGUGAAGGUCGCCGAGAAGUGGUCUCGGUUCCGCAGCUGCAUCCACUGGGCUCAGUGUACAACAUCUACACUUGGAGUGAGCAGGUGUGCGACUUCAUUGACGAGGUCGUGAAAGCCGAUGCUUUCUUGAUCGGAAAUUCCCUAGGUUCGCUCAUCGGAUUGCAGGCUGCCAUUGACCGCUCCGAUCGUGUUCGUGGGGUCCUGCUGGUGAACCCUCGCUUUCGGCAGGAGCAUGUCGCAGAGGCGCCUCCGGUGGCCAGGCCGCUGAUUGGAUUUGUGCAGGGCCUGCUCCGGGAGACCUUUGUUGGCCGGACCCUCUACGGCAUGUUGGCCAAUAAGGGCGCAGUGAAAGAGAUCCUCAAGGAGCCAUAUUACGACGCAUCUCAGGUGUCAGAUGAGCUGGUGGAUGUGCUGCUUGAGCCACUAUUGCUUCGAGGUGCGGCGGAAUCGGUUUUCGAUACCUUGUCGUACUCUACGGGGCCGCUGCUGGAGCAGCUGCUGCAGGACUCUCGUCUGGCCGCUCCCGUGUGGGCAUGCUGGGGAGACAAAGAUCCAUGGACUCCGCUGCAGCGAGCUUCAGCCCUGGCUGAGUUGCCUUCUGUGAAGAGGCUGAUCGAGUUUCCAGGAGUUGGGCAUUGCCCGCACGACGAAGCACCCAAUGUGGUGAACGCGUUGAUCAUGGAGUUCACGCGCAGUUGUUCGGAAGCGUCAUCUGGGGACAAAGUUUAA